AUGACCCAUAUCCCCGAUAAACCUGGCGAAAAGAAGGUUUUUGAAAAGCCCGAAAGACUAAAUUAUGGCGACAAGAAGUACACAGGACCUGGCGAGUCCGGUUAUACUGUUACCUUGCUAGAGUCCAACGACAAACUUCUAGCCAGCCAAGGAAUUCAACAACGCACAAUCGAGAUCAAUUGUGGGAAAGAAACCAGAAAAGCGGUCUAUGUGGGAUACGAUCUUUGGAAAAACCACGCCGGAGCCCCUGUGGAGCAUGUGACAACUAUUCUCAGGCUGAUGGCCGAUGCUCGAAGGAAUAACCCAGAGACUGUCAGCGUUAUCAACUGUGCCAUGGGAGUAGGCCGCUCCGGUACAGUGGCUAUCCUGGAUUGGUUGACAAGGGUUGUCAAGCAGGACUCGGCAUGGUAUUUUGAACCGACAGACAAUUCAAUCUUGAAGGACGAGUUUCUGCAGAAUGCGUUCAAAGAAAAUGAAUCCAUCAAAAAACUUGCCACAGAUGAUCCAAUCCUUGCAAUGAUCCUAUACUUUCGCAAAUAUCGGAGGGUCAUCGACGCCCCAGCCCAGAUCGGUACAAUGCGCAAGUAUAUGUACCAGCUUUACAUGGACUGUUGA